AGGGAGGGAGGGCAGCACAAAUCAACCUGCCUCUUCUUGACUUCAGCAAACAGCACAGAGGAGCUCGCCUGUAGGCGCGGGGAUCGGGAAGUGUGUGUGCGUGUGUGUGUGUGUGUGCGCUGAGAGCUAUUUCGCGAUUCUUCUUUCUUUUCUUUUUUUCCUUUUUGGUUUAGAGGAAGGGAGGACAGCCCUGGGGAGGAACCGCGGCGGCAGGAGCUCCCUCACCGUGGAGAUAGAUAGCAGAAAAAUGCUGUCAUGGGGAGAGAAGGAGAGCGAGUCGGCAGAGAGGAACAGGAUGGAACAAGGCAGGGUCGAGCAGGACUGAAAUGUGGAGCUGGUCUGUGGAUGACGGCUGCAGGUGCUGGGCAGUGCACACCAGGGGAUGCCAUGUUUGACCGCUUGACGAAGGCAGCACCUCUCCGACACAGAGGGCAUAGAGACAGGCUCCAGUGAUGAUCCUCGCAUGUUUAACUCAAACUAAACGCACAUCUGCACACGUGGAUGGACCCGUCCAGCGACCAACAGCGCGGUUUCCCUUCCGACUUCUUCAUUCCCACUCAAGAACUCAUUGACGAAGAGCGGUGUCCCACAGAGGCCCCUAUGAGAGCCCAGAGGUCGAGAGAGUUCGUCCAUCUUAAGUGGUGCGAAUGAGAAAAUAAUAGUUGCUUUCACUUAGCUGGAUUUUCCAUUUUCAUACUCAGCAUCCCAUUUUCACACCAGCAUCUCAGACACCUGGAUGAAGAGUUAAGCAGGAAGCUCCAGGGAGAAGAUUGUCAGAUUAAGUUUGAUUCCUCAGGCACCAUGCAGUCAGACGACCUCUUCAUUCGCAAGUUCCGCCGCCAGAACAUGCGCCCGCCCCUCGCCACCGUCAAUUUUGACCCCAAACGGGAAGCGGGAGUGGUGGAGUGGCCUCCCAGGAGGCCCGGCGACGGCGCCGAUGCAGACUGCAGCCUCACUCCGAGCCGCGUGGGGUUGAAUCUGCGGUCGGUAGGGCGGGGCCACAUCAUGCAAAGAAGUAACAGUGAUGUAACCCUGGGAGACUUGGACUCCUCCGGGAAAACGUCAGGGAAAGUAAUCCGAGCAGCUGGUGAGAAAACGGGCACGGGGCCUCAGGGAGACUCAGGUGUGCAUCUGCACAGGGAGUACGGCAGCCUGUCGUCGCUGGAGAGACAAACUCAAGGCCAGGAGCCGAGCGGGGAGAACCACGGCCCCCUGAGUCCAAACGCUCUCCGCUUUAAAGACCCUUUCCUGCUUUUAGGCCUGGAGGGCAACCUUCCAGAGCCGGAUGGGUUCUUCCAAGAUCUGUCCAGGUCUGUCGGAGACUCCCCGAAACCCGCUAAACCGCCCAAGCCUGAAGGUCUUAGUAAAAAGUCCAAACUUACGCCCCCUCAGAUCCCUCAGCCCGGCCCGUACGACCACCUGGGAGGCGGCGCAUGGGUGAGGAACUUUGCCCACUACGAUGUUCAGAGCAUCCUGUUCGACCUCACAGAGGUCGCCACAAACAGGGACAGCAUCGGUCGCAAGAAGAAUAUCACCUCAGGGGCGUCGGCUGCCUCCCAGCUCCGCCCCCUGGCCCAGACCACUCCUGCCUCACCAGCACAGGGAGGCGGGGGCAGUGGAGGGAACGCCGACGACCAGGAGCAGUCACUGCUGGACGAAGGCGACGGCAACGAUAACGAGCUGCUGCUCAGCUGUCCGCACUUCCGUAACGAGACGGGAGGCGAGGAGCAGGUGGGCCUGGGGCGGUCGGCUUGCAGAACGGAGCUCUGCUCGACCCUGCGGACCCCCAACGAUGCCGUGUCUGUGCUGGAGGAGCCCAGGGAGAGCAACAUCCAGCUGCAGGGGAAGAGCAACUACUUCAUAGAGCACGCAGACCUGGGAGCGCAUUACUACCGCAAAUAUUUCUACCUGAAGGAACACCAGAACUUCUUUGGGAUUGACGACCGCCUCGGCCCUGUGGCCAUCAGUUUCCGCCGGGAUGAGAAAGAGGGCUCCAGCGGAGCACAGUACAAUUACAGGAUCAUCUUCCGCACCACAGAGAUGAAGACGCUUCGAGGCUCCAUCCUGGAGGAGUCUGUGCCGUCGGCCGCCCGUCACACAACCCCGAGGGGCCUGUCCCCCAAGCGGCUGCUGGAGUUCAUCAUGCCUGAGCUCAACCUGCACUGCCUCCGCCUGGCUUCCAACUCCCCGAAGGUCCGGGACACGCUGCUCAAGCUGGACGAGCAGGGGCUGAACUUUCAGAGGAAGGUCGGUGUGAUGUACUGCCGCGCCGGACAGAGCUCCGAGGAGGACAUGUACAACAACGAGAGCUCCGGCCCGGCGUUCGAGGAGUUCCUUGAUCUGCUCGGAGAGCGGGUGCGGCUGAAGGGCUGGGAGAAAUACCGAGCUCAGCUGGAUAACAAGACCGACUCCACCGGAACGCAUUCCCUCUACACGCGCUACCAGGACUACGAGAUCAUGUUUCAUGUGUCGACCAUGCUGCCCUACACGGCCAACAACACGCAGCAGCUGCUGAGGAAGCGACACAUCGGAAACGACAUCGUGACCAUCGUGUUCCAGGAGCCAGGCGCUCUGCCCUUCACUCCGAAGUCCAUCCGCUCACAUUUCCAGCAUGUCUUCAUCAUCGUUCAGGUUCACGAGCCUGGCACCGACCACGCCUACUACAGAGUGGCUGUGACACGCUCCAAAGACAUCCCGUUGUUUGGGCCCCUGUUCCCCAGGGGCGCCCGGUUCCCUCGCUCGCCUGCCUUCAGAGACUACCUCCUGGCGAAGGUGGUGAACGCCGAGAACGCUGCAGAGAAAUCGGAGAAGUUUCGCUCCAUGGCCACACGCACUCGGCAGGAAUACCUGAAGGACCUGGCGGAGAACUACGUGACCACUACCCCCAUCGACUCCUCCACCAAGUUCCCCCUCCUCUCUUUGGGGAGCAAGCGGAAAGACAAGAUGAAGGGUGCGAAAGGCGCAGAGCUGCACAGCGCCGGAGCGCUGGUGUGGGCUGUGAUGGUCAGCUGCAGAGAUGACUCGGAGGCCGGUGAGCAGCAGAAGUUCCCCUGUCUGCUCGGGGUGUCGGCGGAGUCGGUGGUGCUCAUCGAGAGGGGCAGCCGCAGGGUGGUGUUCAACUGCUCCUGUCGAGACGUCAUCGGAUGGAAGGCGGUGACAGAAACGAAGGACGGGGGGCCGUGUUUGGACAUCUUCUAUGAGCGCGGGGAGUCCGUGUCAAUCAGCAUGUUGGAGAGUCAGACAGAGGACAUAAAAGAAGUGGUGCAAAGGCUUGAGCUGGUGACGCGGGGCUGCGAGGCGCUGGAGGUCACCCCGCUGCGGGACGGAGUGGGGCAGCCAGGCUUCCUCAUGAACGAGGAGGGCUUCGUGACGGACCUGCAGAGGUUCUGCUACGCCGAGAGCGGAGGCCUGCAGCUGUGGGCUCGCGUGGUGAGGCUGUGCGGACAUUCCCUGGUCCACUUGAGCCCCGAGGAGAGGAGCAGGCUUCUCCGCACGGCACACAAGAUCCACAUCACCGUCAUCCCACCGGAUGAGAAUGGCAAACCUCGCAGAAGUUUCUCUGAGCUCUAUCAGAAAGCCAUCAAGGAUGCAGAGUGCAAGUCCGGCGAGGACAAGUCGGGAGUGGCCUGGGUGGUGGAUGAGAGGGAAGAUGAGAGGGAGGAGCAGGAGCAGAAGGUGGAGGAGGAGCAGCUGAAGGCGGACAGGGUCGACGAGGAGGAGGAAGAUCAGCUCGCAGAGGAUGAGCUGAAGAUGGACGGCGGCGGGGGGCAAAACGAGGAGAGUCCCGGCCCGCUCCUCGCACUGCCCGCCUUACCUUUGCUGAGGGCUACGUCUCUGCAGGACCAGCCAGCCAAUAAGAGCGAAGAGAUCAGCAUCUCUCAGCUCACCCGCAGCGUUUCUCUGGAGAAGCAGCUGUCCUACACAGACACCUGUGAUGAACACGUGUACGACAACGUGAUGAUGAAGGAGAAACGCCACAUCUACGAGAACGUCGGGGAGCUGAGGGACGCCACGCCUGACCUGAUCCUGGCCGUCAAGCCUAAAGUUCCCCCAGAAGACGAGCAGUUCAUGGCCGCUGACUUUGGCGAGGACAAAGCUUCAGCGAGUGACUCGUCCCUAUCAUCUUCCCGGCUAUCGAGUGUAGACCGAGCGGAAAGAAACUCACGAGCCCUCAGUCUGCAUAACUCCAUCACCAAGAUUCUCUCUGAGACGACAGAUUCGACAGAUGAGGAGUGGCAGUCCAUUGCUGACCUGGCGACAGCCUGCCGCAGCAUCCUGGAGGCUUUGUCCAAAGAAGACCGCAAAGCCGGGGAUUCCUCCCAAGGUGGAGCUGAUCAGACAGACGGCAAACUCAAAGACUCAAAGGACAGCGACUCUCCGGGCCACCUGGAGGAGAAGGUGUCGCAGCUGGAGGCCAUGCUGAAGAAGCUGCAAGACGACCUGCAAAAGUGGGCACACAAGGAGAAAGAGGACAAGGCGGUGCUGCAGGCCGAGGUGCAGAGCCUCAGGCAGAACAACCAGCGGCUGCAGGAGGAGUCGCAGAGCACAGUGGCCCGCCUCAUCAAAGUCACUGAGCUGCUGUGCAACGUCAACAAGCCCUGUUAGGUCCCCAUGAUGCAAAUCCCGCUGAGCGCCUCCAUGCCCAACAACGUUCUUUGAUCGUGUAUAGAUAGCUGCAAAAGUAAACACACAGGCAAGUGUGGUCCUGCCUGCUGGGGAGGAAGUAUGCAAAAGAGACAAAAAAAAAAAAAAAAGUAUAGACUGACCUUCACAGGCUGCUGUAGAGUGCUUCUCUUGGUGUGUGUGUGUGUGUGUAUGCGUGUGUGUGUAUGAUUGUUUUUCUUGCUUCAAAUACUUGACAAGCUCUGCUAAGUAGCACUUACAGAAGAGGUUUCAAUUAAGACAGACAGACAGACACUGUAUAGCAUGUUUUGUGGUGUCUGAUGGACAAAAUGACCAAAAGUGUAUAAAGCAUAGUAAGCAGUAUCAGCGGUAAUAUAUGUGAACGGUAGUAAAGCUACAUGUAGUCGCAGGGUCUGAGUGUGUUUUCUGCCUGGCACUGACAGGAAGGUUGGCCUGAAAUUAAAACACACAUGAAUAUUUGAAUUACUGCAGGCGGCCUUCUACUUAGAAACAUGUAACGAUGCUCACUGAGGGAGGUCUGUUACGUAAGGACGUUAUCCUCCAUCUUCACUUCUUAGUCGUACUGUAUUUAGGCAAUUCUGCUUUUAGGAAACAAAACUGGAAAAUAAGGGGACUGAAAAAACAGAGAUUCAAACUGCUUGUUUCUUCUGGGGUGUUUUUUUUUUUUUUUUUUGGAUUUGAAAAGAAAAGCAGCAUAAAACUCAGACUCUGGCAGGAACGAACUGCUUCAGCUUCCUUCCAUGACUGCCUGUAGCUGUUUUAUCUUCUAACCUCACUAUUGUAGCAGCCAUAACUGUAGAAGAUCGCCUCCUGCUGGCCUGAACUGCAGCUCUUAUUUUUCAGCCCGCAAAAUAGCUUUAGGUGUGAGAACGAGCAACCUGGACUGAUGGUGAAACAAUGCAGAAAACUGUAUUUAAAUUCAUUUUUGUUUGUGUUUUAUUGUUUUUGUUUUGUUUUCUGAUGUAACUAUUUGGGUAAUUGUUUGCUUUAGCUGGAGAGUGGCAGCAGUGCAUUGAAAUGUCCUUAAUUAGAGAUGCACCAAAAAAAAAAACAAAAAAAAAAACGAUUCACCUAAUUGUGAUCACAAUCAAAUGAGUUUGAUAUUUACCAAACUUGACUGGUGACCAGCCUGUUAAAACCUCAGAAAUGCAACAUUUUUCCAAUCAACGAAUGCAGCUAAGGGCUAACAGAUCUCACUAGCAUCACUCUUCAGUGUGGAAGUGAUCACUGACCGAAUGAUAAUCAAAGUUAGCUAUUGUCAGUGUCAGCGAGGCGUUUGAAAGUAGAUGGAGGAACCGCAGAGGUGCAGGAAGCUGUUUAAAAUGGAAACAUGGCGUCUGGUGCUUGCAUUUCACUCCACUAUGGUUGUUUUCAAGCUCGACUAUUUUGGGUGCAAAAAUGAGCCGUUUGCUAUAAAAGGUCAACUCACAAGAGGAAUGUUGUUUCAAUUUGAUAAAAUAUUAAACUGGCUAAAGCUCGACAUCAGUCAGAAGUUUUAUUGUUUGUUUUAUUAAUUUGAGCUUUCAGCCUGUCUGUCAGAGAACAUGCUGGAUUUGGAAAUGUUGCCAGUGGGGAUUUCUGAUUACAAAUUGGUGUCUGCUCUCCCCGGCGCUGUGGUUCUCAAACUAAAACCUGCUGAUGCCGUGUUUAUUUCACCUCUUAAGUCAGAACUCUGAGCUGGGAAUGUAAUCAAAAA